CCGACAAUUUAUAAAAGUGAUAGUGGUUCAGUGGGUGUUUUAUUUAUACAAAAUGUAAACGUUGAUAAGUUUCCACGAACCCAAAAAAUGCAAAUUCAAUAAUCAUUACAAUCAAGAUGGCCACAGCAACCAAACCAAAGACUCAAUUUAACCAAAGAACAAACCAUUUCAACCACUAGUAACCAAAUAAAGAGACACAAAACGCUGGCACCAGACACACGAGACAGUACAGAAGUGCGACAAAUUAACGGCGCUACUGCCCUAUGUUUCCACCCCCCGAGAGCUAUGAAUAGACUCGACCAACUUAACUUGCUUUACUGCGCAACCCACGUGCUGGCCCCACUGGCCCUUUUCGUUUUGGUUGUCCAUUGAAACACACGUGCAUUUGAUUUUAUUUAAAACUCGCGUUAAACGAAACUACACAAUGGAAAAAGAAACUUCUGCAAAAACCGCACCUCAAGAUGCCCCCAAACGCCCACUUGCAUCAACCGAAACGACAAAACAACCCCCAAGCAAAAAAGUGAGGUUAAGUUCUUCCGGUAAAGAUUUCCGAAAGCAGCUCAAAAGCGACCAAAAAACGCAAGUUAUGCAACGGUUUCUCCAACAAACCGACGACGAGGCGAUUCAGUGUGUUCAAAGCUACCUGGAGCAUGGGGGUAGCGCUUUGGAGAUUCUCCAAACUAUGGAAGGCGAAUCGGGGGUUUCGCCGGUUGUGGCAUUCGAUGUAGUUAAUCGAGUUUUGCUACAAAUUGGCACGAAGUUGCCACAGUAUCAAAAUGCGGCGUACGACGCGUGUCGCUACUUGUUGAACACAUAUCUCACCCAAAUUAAUAAAAUGUUGGGGUUGAGCUCGUCGAUGAAAGAGCGCGUGGUCACGUUGAAACUAUUAACCACGAUGGUUACGUUUUCGGCGGUUUUAGCCAAAGACGUGUUGCUAAACGUGAAUUUUAACCCCACGAACUUGGAACUGUUGACUAAGGUUGGGGAUGGCAAGAACGAAGCGAGGGCGGCUUUGAUUCAUUUCAUUACCGCGUAUUUGGUGGAUGGGCAUUUUCCAACGUUGUCGGUGCUGCUGGAGAAGAAAGGUUUGAUGACGAGUAUUAUCAGGGGGUUGCAAUUUGAUAGAGCCGACGUCGUGGUUUUGGUGGUCACAGCGAUGACGAACCACAUUUUGGAAAAUCCGUCGGUCUCAAAAACCGUCAAAAUGAAGACAUUUAGUACCCCAGUGGUGAAAGAUAUUGUCAAUUUGUACAACUGGAAAGGACCCGUUGGGCUUGCAGAUCACAAAAAACACAAAAUUGUGGCCGUGGAUGAAGUUGAAAAAUCCAAAGUCAAUGAGGCCGUGCACGCGUUCCUUUUGGUUUUGUGUACUUCCCACAAAUUCGGGGUGAUUUUCAAAGACCCGGCUCUGGGUUUAGGGAGGAGACAGAACAAUUUGAUGUUCACGGUUCUGGAGAGCUUGGAGCGACCAUGGGAGCAUUCUUACGCAGGCGAACUUGUGAUCAAAAUUUGUAGAGCGUGUCCAGAUUUGGCGAAAACCGUCUGGAGUAGCGUGAAGACGUUCCUGGAACCCAGAUGGACUGAAAAGUGGCUCAAAACUAUUAAUUUUGCCCAUAAACUCGUGGAUGAGUUGGAACCAGAUUGCAUUGACUUUGCAGUGGAUAAUCUUACGGUUCAUCAGCUCACUCACGUCAUUACGAUCCUAACGUCGCCGUUAUCAAUUCUGAAAACGCUGAUCCCAGAAAGUCGCCGCUUUGAUAAACCCGUGACCAAGUUCCACGUUUUGACGUUACUUUUGAAAAUGGCGACGUCAAUGGAAGGUUUUUUGAAGCGUGCGAAGACUUGGACGCACGUGAAUUAUCCAGAUUUGAGCAGUUCUUUGGGUGAUUACGUCCAGAGAAAUUUCCCAGACGUUCAGGUUAUUUUAAGCGACUGGGACGAAGUUUGUGACGAUCUACGAAUUUGCGACCAUUUAGACGUGGCGUUUGAUUUGCUGGAAAAAUAUAAAGUUUUGUCGCCCAAAGCCACAGAAGAAUGGAGUUUGACUUUCGACGUGCGCGAGUUUCUCGCUAGAAGUCAACAAGUCAUCGACGACGAUAAUUUGAAGAGGUUGCAGGUCAAAGCGGUGAGGUUUUUUAUGGAUUUGGAGCCUGCGCUCUUCAAAUCGCAGACGGAUUUGUUCAGAAACGUCGUUUUAUUUUCUCUGGAGUACUACCACGAGGCGCAGGAUGUAAACGUUUUGACGGUCCUAAAGCAACUUUUGAAAAACUCGGGAGUUUUCGAUGGUUUUCUUCACGAGGUAGACUUCUGGAUAGACGGGGUACUAAAUUUGAAAAAUUACGACCCAAACGUGGCGGUUUUUUUGUACGAUUUGGUACAAAAAAGCGAAGAGAACGCGUCGUACCAUCAGAAGCUGUUUGAAUUUAAGAAGGCCAAUUUUAGCGUUAUGGUUUUGAAUUUGGUGGACCAUUUCAACGCCGGUGAGGUCUCAAAGUCGGUGAAAAAUUAUUUGAACUUCGUCGUUUUAAAUAUUUUUCACGUGCAAGAUGAUUCAAGUUCGUUAGUGCAAGUCAUGGGAAAAUUUCAGCACGUCUCGGACGUUGUAAUUAAUUACAUGGUAAAUUGGAAUAGCCUUGAAGCGGUAACUUUGGGUAAAUGCAAAGGAAAAUUGACGGAUCAGCUGCAUUCGUUCUCACAGAAUUUUUUAGAAGGGGGUUUGGAAACCGUCGAUUUUGAUUUGUAUCCCAAUUGCAGACUGUAUUUACUGAACGCUGUAAUUUUUUAUUUGACACGUUUGGUUAAAGCGGAUGCUUUAAAAGACAGUCAAAAGAAGAAUUGUUUCAAGUUUUGGGAGUACGUGGUUUCGGGUGAGGAUUGUCGCUACGUGGAAGCUGUUUUGGGGAACGUGACGUUAUUGGAGAACUUCACGAUUUUCGUUGUGGACAAUUUUUCAACGAAGUUUGUUCUAGGGGUAGUUAAGAGCCUGAAAAGUGUGAUAGUUGAGGAUUAUUUGGUACACUUUCGUCGAAAAAUCGUGUCAACGAUUUUAAAAAUAUUCCGAAAGCCGGAAAAUUAUCAAGAUCGUACCGUUUCCAUCGAGGUUUUAGAAAUAAUCGCGCUAGACUACGACCAGUGCAGCAAACUAAUAACAAAAUUUGUUAAUUCGUUAGAAAACAAAAAAUUCCACCCCGUUGUUUGCUAUUGUUUGAAUCGUAUGACGGAACUAGGCGGAAACUACACCCAGCAACCCUUAGACAACGACACCAUUAAGGAACUGUCACGUUUCUACACGCUUCUGGCCAGAGAACAAUCCCCGAACUUGAAUCUUUUAUCGUCGUCUUUCCUCAACUAUUUGAAAAUUUUUCCACACAACGUUGAUGGCGUCGACGCUGACAUUUUCCCGAGCAUAAUCGCGCUACCAGAAUUCAACAAAGACAAUCUCUGUUUGUGCGAAUUCCUCUUGGACCGAAAACCCGACUAUAAACUCAUUUUCGAAACCAACUUCGACGAAAUCUGCUCCAAACGAGGCGUGAUUUUAUCGCUCCUCGACGUCGCGGUCAAAGUCUACGAGCACGACGACGCAACCCUGGAAAAAAUCUACACCAAACUCGAACCUCACAUCCUCAAGGCGCUCCAAAAACCGCACAAAGCGGGACAGCACUUUCAAACGCGCUACCGUAGUGUGGGGGUUCUGGUCGACAAGUUUAUGAAAACGGACGGGUUCGGGAACCAGGUGCAAAAAUUCGAAACCACGGAGCUCUUUCACGUUUACUUGCUGAAGAAGAUGUUUGACAAGGUCGACAAAAGCGGGAAGGUUUUAGGGAACAUGGUCAUGACGUUCGUCCAUUUGGUCAUGGGGUUGCUGAAACAGAAAAGCGGGACCAAAGACAACUUGGGUGACGUGGGGGAGGUCGUGGUUGGGUUUUUGCGCCAAAACCGGGACGUGGAGGUGGUCGGGUUGAGCGGUAGCGAGGCGUUGAGGACUUUUUGUAAGUUGUGCUUGAAGCACGGAGUGGGCGGGGAUGGGGUUUUGGUUACGAUGUUGACGGAGUUGGUUUAUUUGUGCGUUGUUGAAGAGGAAGGAAAAUUGAUUUUGGAGAUGUUGCUGUCGCAUUCGCAAUUCUUGGAUGUGGUGUUGGGGGAUAAUAAGAAGUUGGAAGUAUUGGGGUUGUGGAAGGCGAUAUGUACGAAGUGGCCGCAGUUUAUGGAACGCAAUCACGUGCCGAUUCUUUUGUCGGCGUAUAAAGGCACCAAAGCGGAGACUACGACGUUGUUCUUACUGAAAAUGUACGAAUCCCGCCCCGACCAGACCAAGUUCUUCGACUUCAAGCCCUUCUUGUGGGGCCGCGCCGCCGCCUCCCACUACUCCGUGCGUUCCGACCUCCAAAAAGCCCUCUGGCGCCAACCCAAAACCGCCGACGUGUUAAACAACCUCCACCUCCCCACGAUCUCGGCGACAAUCACCGACCCAUCGCACCCCGACUCGUACGACCUGGACUACUUCCUACCCCUCUUCGGCCACAUCCUGGCUCCAGAAAACCCGAUCGCCACGUACAAGUUCACCAAGAGCGGCGCCCUCGCGCUAUCCCUCACCGGCUUCCGCGGCGACAAAAACCAAAGACUGGCGACCUGCCACAUCCUGCAGCGCUUCUACUUCCACCUGGAGGCCCGCCAAACCGGCAAAGACAACCCGCUGUGGCUGCGCUUCGUGGAGGCCGUCUGCAAAGGCGUGGCGGUUUUGGACGACUUCAAAGUCAACAACUUCGUGGGGGUUUUCUUAGCGCGGACUGCUCUGGUGCUCACGCAACCCACGGAGGUGAUGUACGUGCCGCUGUCGCAGUACCUGGGGGCGAAGGACGCGCUCGAUUUUUCCACGAUUCCCGAGCUGUACACGUUGUUACACAGCCCCCAUGUGCAAUCCAAGGAGCACAAGCGGUUUAUCCUGGAGGUGGUGAGAGACGGUUUGAAGACCGCCAGCGAUUUUACGACAUUGUUGCGGUCGAUGGGGUUCAAACUGAUCUCGGAGUUGUGUUCGAGCACGGUUUGCGACGCUCAGACGAAGAUGUUGGUGCUGGAGGUGUUCGAGGAGUGUUGUGGGGUGGAUCUGGGGGUGAAGGUGUUGUGCGGGAAUUUAUCAUUUUUGACGCAAGUGUGUGCUUUAGUUUUUAAGAACGUAACGCAAGGCGCGGUUUUGGGGAAGCUGUUGCGGAUUUUGUUGAGGAUUGUGGAGGUGGAUGAGAACAGACAGAGGAAUUUUCUGGUGUAUUUGAAUUUAAUGACUCUGGGGAAUGAACAGAACUUCCGUUAUUUACAAGAGUGUAAAAGUUUGGAUGUUUAUUACCGAGUUUUGAUGGUCGUUGUUAAUAGGUUUCCGGAGUUUUUCGGUGAGGGAGACAUGGAGGGAGUGCUGGAGCGGUCGGGGGAUAAGUUUUGCGCUUAUGCGGUUCGAUACGGUUGUGGCUACGUGAAGGAGGACGAUAUUUCCGGGGAGGCGAGUUUAAGGUUGCUGUUUUACAACAAAUUAAAAGCAAGAUAAUUUUUUUAUGAUGUUUGUCUGUGAUUUUAUCGAUCGGUGUGUAGAAUUUAAUCGCUAUAACGAUUAUUGGAGAACUUUGUAUCUAAUAAUGAUUAAUUAUAAGUGAUAAAUUGUGGCAAAUUAGCCCCGAAUGGAGACCGUGAUGGGAAAAGUACUAUUUAUGAAACCGUAAACGUCGGGGACACAAUUUUAAAUUGCCAUAAAAUCCUGAAAGUAAACACCUUGAUAAGGCCUAAGUUUUUUUUUGCAUGGAACGAGUUUUGAGUGUCCACUUCGUCUAAAUGCUAAUAUAUUCUCCAGCAUUUUGACACCGCCCAAACGAGUAGAUUUGGUUUAAGCAGGUCGCAUUUCACCACCGAAUAAUUUUUGUACCACCGAGAAUUCAAAAAUCUGGCACUUCGACAACUUGCAGCUUCAGGAAGUGCCAAUCCUCCGCAGACAGCUUGAAUUGUUCACUGUUUGUCCAACAGGUGGCCGAUUCAUUCCAAAUGCACGCAAAGUGCGUACCUUAACGCACUUCAAUUACCCACCUCAGCUGUCGAGCUGUACCUUUUGUAAUUUUCCCGCGAUUACCAAGUUUGCGGUCAUUGUCAUAGCGUCUGAAAAACCAACUAUUCUUCAGUAUCAGUGAAAGCGCACGAGUGUGCUUGCAGUUGGCGGCAGGAGCGAGCAGUAGCGACGCGCGUCGGGUU